AUGGCGAAUUCUCCAUUCGGCAUAGACUACUACUCUUCUCCCUCCUUCAGCAGGCCGCAUUCUCCUCUCCACACGACGCCGGCGAUUUCCCAACCCCACUCCCCCUCUUCCGCCUCCACCUCUCACCGCUUUUCCAGCCCCCGCCACCGCCACCCCACUCCGGCCAGCCCUUUCGCCGCCGACGACGACAGGUCAUGGCAGGGAGAGAUUUCUUGGCAGUGUCAGAGCAAAGGGUGGGACGAAAGUCGCAGUCUUGGCACCGCAUUGAGCCCCUGGAUAGCCUCUCAAGGUCCCAGAACAAUGUUCAAGAAAUCAGCUAAUGAUGUUCAUCUUUCUCCCACUUCCGGUGUUUUCCAGAGCUUUUUAAACCCCCACUUUCAACACUCUUUCUCCGGCUACGGUGCCGUUUCAUCCGGUAGACUUGAGCUUCAGAGCUUUGGUAAUGGCGAGAAUGGGAAUUCUUUUUCCAGGGCCAGUAUUUCUGCAGGUGAAGAACAUAAUACUAAGCCACAACAAGCUUUCAGGCUUGACACUAUUAGGGAAUGGCCUACUGGAUCUUUAGCUGACAAAGACAGAGAAGAAAUCAAUCCAUUUCAUCACCAUACAGGAAUGUUCAAUGAUCAUAUUCCAAGUAACAAUCACCAUCACAGAAAUUUUGAUGAUUGGAAGCAUGGAGUCAAGGGUGGGGAUGAUGACUAUGAGGUGAAAUGUGUUGAUCAUGUUCAUCAUUUCAAUCAUUAUUCUAGGCAAUCAAAUAUUCAUCACUAUGGGCUGGAAGAUAUGUACACUGAAGAUGAUGGAGGCUUAUCGUAUGACGACGACGAAGAAGCUGAUGAAGAAGAGGCAGAUCCACCAAAGUCAGUUGGGCUGCUUAGCCUAUUCAAGUACUCAACCAGGUUGGAUUUGAUUCUUAUUAUGCUAGGUUGUCUGGGAGCUCUAAUAAAUGGAGGAUCUCUUCCAUGGUAUUCUUAUCUUUUUGGAGAUUUUGUCAAUAAGAUUGCCCAGGAUACAGAUAAAGAACAAAUGAUGAAGGACAUAGGACAGGCAUGUCUGUUUAUGACUGGACUGGCAGCUGUGGUUGUGGUUGGAGCAUACUUGGAGAUUACUUGUUGGAGAAUUGUGGGGGAAAGAUCAGUUUACAGGAUAAGGACCAAGUAUCUAAGAGCAGUCUUGAGACAGGAUAUUGGUUAUUUUGACACAGAAAUGAACACUGCAGAUAUUAUGCAUGGACUCUCAAGUGAUGUUGCUCAAAUCCAAGAAGUAAUGGGGGAAAAGAUGGCACAUUUUGUUCAUCACAUAUUCACCUUCAUCUGUGGCUACAUAGUUGGGUUUUUGAGAUCAUGGAAGAUAUCUCUGGUAGUGCUUGCAGUGAUCCCAUUAAAUAUGUUAUGUGGCAUUGUUUAUAAGGCCGUAUAUGUUGGCCUAACCGCAAAAGAAGAGGAAUCUUAUCGAAAAGCUGGGACUAUAGCGGAGCAAGCCAUAAGUUCAAUUAGAACAGUUUCUUCAUUUGUAGCAGAGGAUUAUUUAGCUGCAAAGUAUUCUGAUUCACUUGAAAAUUCAGUACGUUUUGGAGCAAGGUUAGGCUUCGCGAAAGGUGCAGGACUAGGAAUAAUUUAUUUUAUUACUUAUGCAACGUGGGCGCUGGCAUUUUGGUAUGGCUCGAUUCUAGUGGCUAAGAAGGAGAUUUCAGGAGGUGCAGCCAUUGCUUGUUUCUUUGGUGUCAAUGUUGGAAGCAGGGGCCUGGCACUGUCACUGUCAUAUUUUGCUCAGUUUGCACAGGGAACUGUAGCAGCUAGCAGAGUUUUUGAAGUCAUAGAUAGAGUUCCAGAGAUUGAUCCCUACAGUACAGAAGGGCUGAGCUUAUCAAGUAUAAGAGGGAAAAUCGAAUUCAAAUAUGUUUCCUUUGCCUACCCCUCGCGUCCAAUGGUCCAGAUUCUUCAGUCUCUUGAGUUAGUCUUUCCAGCUUCAAAAACUUCAGCACUAGUUGGCUCUAGUGGAAGUGGUAAAUCAACCAUAUUUGCACUAGUUGAAAGGUUCUAUGACCCUGCCCAGGGUUUUAUCAGUUUGGAUGGUCAUGAUAUAAGGACACUGCAAGUCAAGUGGCUGAGAAGUCAGAUAGGUAUGGUUGGGCAAGAACCUGUGCUGUUUGGUACGACGAUACUGGAAAAUGUGAUGAUGGGAAAGGAAAACGCUAAAAAGAAGGAAGCAAUUGCUGCUUGCAUUGCGGCAAAUGCUCACAGCUUCAUCUCAAACCUUCCAGAUGGAUAUGAUACACAGGUUGGGAAUAAAGGAGCUCAACUCUCUGGAGGUCAAAAGCAGCGUAUUGCUCUUGCUCGAGCAAUGAUCAAAGACCCCAAAAUCCUGCUGUUAGAUGAGCCAACGAGCGCCUUAGACCCUGAAUCUGAGGCCAUACUUCAGCAGGCUAUCGACAAGAUUUGUAUGGGCAGAACCACCAUUGUCAUUGCUCAUAGGUUAGCCACGGUUAGGAACGCUCACACUAUUCAUGUGCUGGAUCAUGGUUCGGUUCUUGAAUCGGGUAACCAUAAUCAACUCAUGGAAAAGGUUGGAGCCUAUUCGGACCUUGUGAAGCUUGCUUCAGUUGCAGUGUCAAAACCUUUGUCAAAUGAAAACGACGUGAGAAACGAUUUGGAGUUCUCUGCAUAUGAAAAAUCUGUGAAUUAUAUUUCAAAAGUGAAAAAUAUGUAUGAAACACCAAGAGAGGAAUAUCUUGAGUCUGUUCAAGAAGGGCACAAAGAAGAAGAGGAAAAAGGAGAAGAAGCAAAGUUGAAGAAUUAUCGGCUUUCUGAGAUAUGGAACCUGCAAAGGCCAGAAUUUACCAUAUUAUUAGUGGGGAUGAUAAUGGGUAUGCAUGCAGGUGCAAUUCUCUCUAUCUAUCCCUUAGUUCUAGGCCAAGCUCUUAAAGUGUAUUUCGAUAAGGACACUUCAGAAUUGAAAACAAAAGUUGGGUACCUUAGCUUGAUACUGGUUGGCCUUGGCUUUGGAUGUAUAGUAACCAUGAUAUGCCAGCAAGGGUUCUGUGGCUUAGCUGGUACAAAGCUCACAUCGAGAAUCAGAAACUUGUUGUUUAAAUCCAUACUGAAACAAGAACCCGGCUGGUUUGACUUUGAUGAGAAUUCCGUUGGUGUUCUUGUGUCUAGGCUUUCCAUUGAUUCAGUUAGCUUCAGAUCAGUACUUGGUGACCGGUUUUCAGUUCUAUUAAUGGGCUUGAGUUCAGCAGCAGUGGGACUUGGCAUUUCGUUUUCACUCGAGUGGAGGUUAACUUUGUUGGCUGCUGCCCUCACACCGUUCACGCUAGGAGCUAGCUAUUUCAGUCUGAUAAUGAACGUGGGGCCUAAACUCGAUAACAGCUCCUAUGCUAGAGCUAGCAACAUUGCUGCAGGUGCAGUGUCGAAUAUAAGAACAGUGGCGACGUUCUCAACUCAGGAGCACAUAGUUCGUUCGUUUGAGAAUGCGUUAUCUGAGCCCCAAAAAACAUCUGUCAGGAGAUCACAGAUUCUUGGCUUAGCACUUGGCGUUUCUCAAGGUGCAAUGUAUGGUGCUUAUACUCUAACUCUCUGGUUUGGUGCCUACUUGGUAAAACAAGGGUACACCAACUUUGGAGAUGUGUAUAAGAUCUUUCUGAUUCUCGUGAUAAGCUCAUUUUCUGUGGGACAACUAGCUGGCCUUGCACCAGAUACUUCAAUGGCCUCGGCUGCUAUUCCUGCUGUGUUGGCAAUCAUAAACCGCGCUCCUUUGAUUGGCAGCGACUCACAGAAAGGCAGAAAACUGAAAAUGGCAAAGCCUGUUGAUGUCGAGUUCAAGAUGGUGAAAUUUGCAUAUCCAUCCAGGCCAGAUGUGACCGUCUUAAGUAACUUCUCCCUCGAGAUCAAGGGUGGAACAAUGGUGGCUUUAGUAGGCACAAGUGGAUCAGGCAAGUCAACAGUGAUAUGGAUGAUUCAGAGGUUUUAUGAUCCAAUUCAAGGGAGUAUCCUAAUGGGAGGGGUUGAUUUGAGGGAGCUUAAUCUGAAGUGGCUGAGAAACCAAACAGCCUUAGUUGGUCAAGAGCCUGUCUUAUUUGCAGGAACCAUACGAGAAAACAUAGCGUUCGGGUGUCCUAACGCUUCCUGGGCCGAGAUUGAAGAGGCUGCAAAGGAAGCCUACAUUCACAAAUUCAUUUCUGGCCUUCCUCAAGGCUAUGAAACUAAGGUUGGCGAAAGUGGGGUACAGUUAUCCGGUGGACAGAAACAGCGAAUCGCGAUUGCAAGGGCUAUACUGAAGAAAUCAAAGGUGCUGUUACUGGAUGAGGCCAGCAGUGCUCUGGACUUGGAAUCAGAGAAACACGUGCAAGACGCGAUCAGGAGGAUUUCCAAUCACGCCACCACAGUAGUCGUGGCUCACCGCCUCUCCACAAUCCGGGAAGCCAACAUGAUUGCUGUUGUGAAGGAAGGUGAAGUGGCAGAAUAUGGAAGCCAUGACAGACUCAUGGCUUCCCAGCUUGAUGGCGUUUAUGCUAGUCUGAUUCGUGCAGAAACCGAAGCCUUGGCCUUUUCCUAA